GCAGCAGACAAAUAUCAACAUGCUGAAGUACGCGUGGGGCCUAUUGGUCCUCGGAAUAGUUCAGGCUAAUCCAGUACAUAAAGAUGGGCCGGUUGGAUUUAUGGAAGAUAUUAAACGCAGUACAAGCCGUGUUUCCGGAGGAUGGCCGGCCCAGGAGGGUCAAUUUCCAUAUCAAGUCAGUAUCCGCAUGGUGAACAUCGAGGGACUCGUUAUAUCCUGCGGAGGUUCCAUCAUACACAAUGAGUGGAUCAUCACUUCAGCUCACUGUCUCGCCCUUCGUCCAUCAUAUAUAGUUCGCUUGGGUACCACAGACCUUCAUCGUCCCGCGUACAUGCUGGAGCAUUCGAUAAGGGACGCCAUUCUUCAUCCAGAUUUUGAUUUGAGCAAUGCCAAUCGUGUUCAACCCCCUGACAUAGCUGUACUGAAGUUGAGUAUAAGCAUUCCAUAUGGACCUACCAUCCAGCCUAUUCGCCUUCAGAGCUCAGAACAGAAGGAUUACAACUACGAGGAUCAAGUUGUCAUAGUCAGCGGUUUUGGGUACGACGAUGAUUCAUGGAAUGGUGGACAAGCCUCUGAUUACCUCCUCUGGACCAAGCUCAGAGGACUGAGCAACGAAGAGUGCCGUACCUAUUUUAACAGUGUUUUCCCCUCUACUGUGUGUGCUCGCCAUUACAAUCAUACUAAUCAAUCCGCCUGUCAUGGUGACAGCGGUGGUCCAUUGACUGUCGUAGACAAAGAUGGUGAGCCAACUAUGAUAGGUAUAGUGCAUUACGCUUCCUGGAGAGGAUGCACCAGCGAAUGGCCUACAGCGUACGUUCGUCCCGGACACUUCCAUAAUUGGCUGAAUCAAGCUACCGGGAUUAACUUUGACUGGAGUUAUGCCGAAAUUGAAGACACAUCAAAUACCUUUAUUUCAAUAAAUAAGUAAAUUUCUUGGGAUUUUCAAAUAAUUA